AUGGGGUCGUUAGGGCUUGCUAGCCUGGUUGGCGUAGCUCGCGACAUCAUACCGCCCACUCCUGUCCUAGCCACACUCGUUUCCUCGGCGAUCCUUGCGCCGCCAACAGCAACGCCUACCACCACACCCAUCAUUGGCACUCCCGACGUCGAAGUAGACGAUGACUGCAAGCUCUUGGGACCCUUCGCGCUCGCCGUGCAAGCCAUCAUGGGCGUCCUCGUCAUCGGCUCACUCGUAUACAAGCGCCAAAGGGAAACACCGAAACGCAAGUGGAAGAUCUGGGCGCUCGACAUUUCCAAGCAGCUCCUCGGCCAGCUCUUUGUUCACAUGCUCAACGUCAUCCUCUCUGACUUUGUCGCCAGCAUUGGAGACGAGAAUCCGUGCUCGCUCUACUUUCUCAACAUCCUCGUCGACACCACCAUCGGAGUCUUCUUCAUCUACAGUACCCUCAAGUGGCUUACUUGGUACCUCACCGAACGAUUGGAACUCGAAGGCUUCGUCUCUGGGCAGUACACGCCACCGCUGCCUGGCAUCGUCUCCGAGCCUGGCAGCUCCAAUUCAUCCGUCCGAUCCGGCGCAUCUCGGAUGUCAUUCCGCAGAGACCGACCCAGGAUCGACUACUGGCUCAAACAGCUCGGCUCCUACCUUUUCGUCCUCUUCCUCAUGAAGUUGGCCGUCCUCAUCAUCUUCUACUUCUUCCCCUUCCUCUUCGAUGUCGGCUCCUGGAUCCUCGGUCUCUUUGGCAGCCACAAGGACGUCCAAAUCCUUUUCUCCAUGGCCUUGUUCCCCUUCGCCAUGAACGUCCUACAGUUCUGGCUCAUCGAUUCCCUUCUCAGGCACAAUCCGUACAGCUCUGCAUACUCCAAAGUCAACACCGACGACGAAGACUUCAUCAACCGCUCGGACCGAGCCUCGAGCGAGACUCGCCCUUCCGAGUCAAGAUCCUCGUUCGGAGAUCGAGGCCGCUCGCCAUUCGGUCGAGCAAGCAUGGACCGCCCAGACGAUGUAGUGCGAGGUCACAAGCCACACGCAUCAGGCUCGAGCAUAGGUAAGACCCCCAUCAUCCGAAGAUCAUCCCCCUUCUCAGCAGCAGACCAGCCCUACGACCGCCCUCCUUCCAGAGACGCCUACGGCUCCGUGCACAAGUCUCCGCCGCUUAGACCUUCCCGGCCAUUAGAAGAGAUGCGACGCCAAGCCAGCUUGAGCCUCUCGGACAACGGCUCAGACCAGGAAACUGGAAGUGCCGGCUCACAACCGCCCAUGCCUUCGCUAAAGCGGUCAGAGUCGCACCAUUUGCGGCAGGUCAGCACGAACAACAGCAACAGCAACACAUAG